UCCCGCGCCCUGGGAACUUCAAAGCGGCCGGCGCUGCCCGGGCUGCGUCGCUCGGCUCUGGGGCCUCGCAGCCCCCGCGCGGUCGCCGGGUGGCCAUGACCCGGGCGCUCCGCUCCGCGCUCCGCCAGGUUCUCCUGCUGCUGGCUGCGGUCUCCGAGCUCUCAGCAGGGUUGAAAUGUGUAUGUCUCCUGUGUGACUCUUCAAACUUUACCUGCCAAACAGAAGGAGCAUGUUGGGCAUCAGUCAUGCUCACCAAUGGAAAAGAACAGGUGAUCAAAUCCUGUGUUUCCCUCCCAGAAUUAAAUGCUCAAGUCUUCUGUCACAGUUCCAACAAUGUUACCAAAACCGAAUGCUGCUUCACAGAUUUUUGCAACAAUAUAACACUGCACCUUCCAACAGCAUCACCAAAUGCCCCCAAACUUGGACCCAUGGAGCUGACCAUUGUUAUUACUGUGCCUGUCUGCCUCCUGUGCAUGGCUGCCAUGCUGACAGUAUGGGCGUGUCAAGGCCGACAGUGCACCUACAGAAAGCCACAGAGACAGAACGUGGAGGAGCCCCUCUCUGAGUGCAAUCUGGCAAACGCUGGAAAAACCCUAAAAGAUCUGAUUUAUGAUGUGACUGCCUCCGGGUCUGGCUCUGGUCUACCUCUGCUGGUUCAAAGAACAAUUGCAAGGACGAUUGUACUUCAGGAAAUAGUUGGGAAAGGUAGAUUUGGUGAAGUGUGGCAUGGACGAUGGUGUGGGGAAGAUGUGGCUGUGAAAAUAUUCUCCUCCAGAGAUGAAAGGUCUUGGUUUCGUGAGGCAGAAAUUUAUCAGACGGUUAUGCUGCGACAUGAAAACAUCCUUGGCUUCAUUGCUGCUGACAACAAAGAUAAUGGGACUUGGACUCAACUUUGGCUUGUAUCUGAAUAUCAUGAACAAGGCUCCUUGUAUGACUAUUUGAAUAGAAACAUAGUGACAGUGACCGGAAUGAUCAAGCUGGCAUUUUCUAUAGCUAGUGGCCUAGCCCACCUUCAUAUGGAGAUUGUUGGUACCCAGGGUAAACCUGCUAUUGCGCAUCGAGAUAUAAAAUCAAAGAACAUAUUAGUGAAAAAAUGUGAAACUUGUGCCAUUGCAGACUUGGGGUUGGCUGUGAAGCAUGAUUCAAUACUCAACACUAUUGAUAUACCACAGAAUCCUAAAGUGGGAACCAAGAGGUACAUGGCUCCUGAAAUGCUUGAUGAUACAAUGAAUGUGAAUAUCUUUGAGUCCUUCAAACGCGCUGACAUCUACUCUGUUGGUCUGGUUUACUGGGAAAUAGCCCGCAGGUGUUCAGUUGGAGGAAUUGUUGAGGAGUACCAGUUACCAUAUUAUGACAUGGUGCCUUCAGACCCAUCAAUAGAGGAAAUGAAGAAGGUGGUUUGUGACCAGAAGUUCCGACCAAGUGUCCCAAAUCAAUGGCAAAGCUGUGAAGUAAGGCUUAUUUGUGCACUCCGAGUCAUGGGGAGAAUAAUGCGUGAGUGCUGGUAUGCCAAUGGGGCAGCUCGCCUCACGGCCCUUCGCAUUAAGAAGACCAUUUCUCAACUUUGUGUCAAAGAAGACUGCAAAGCCUAAGGAUGAUAGUCAUGUUAAAGAGACAUCGCUCGCAGCUUUCUUUCCCUCUUUAUGUGAAUGUGUCUGGCUUUUUUUUUUUGGUUCUACCUCAAAGAUGAUGAUGCAGUACAGUAUUUAAGUGCCCAAAGGCAGAAUGAAAGAUAACUCUAAAGAGUUGGGCAGGGAUUGAUUUCAUCCAAUCUCUGUGUUGUCUUUCAUUUUAUUUUGAAAAGUAACACAUGAACUCAUCUUUUUAUUUAAUGAGAAAGAUAUUAUGAAAGUGCACAAUAAGCUAUAUAAAAAUAAUAGACGUCAUUAAGAUGUUAUUGUACUUGAACCAAGAGCACAUGAAUGAAUAGAAAAAAAUGUUUUUACUGAAUAUGAAAAUACAUUCCUUACAUUUGUGAACUAGAACAUGUCAUAGCAAUCUAUGGUUUUCCUUUUUCAAUUAGCAUGAUCUAUUUAAAAAAAUAAGUAUCGCUCUGAAUUUUAGCCAUUGAUUUUUCCUCUGAAUUUUAAUAUUUAAGACAUGUAAAAGUGGAGCUGCUUAGUAAAAGGUAUAAGUCAGAGUCCAACUUGGGGAUCUUUUAUACUCCACUACUACAAGAGUCCUUGAGGCAAAUAGUAUAAAAGCCAUUCAGCUUGUUUCUCACUCUCGUUUAUGAAAGACACCUGAUAUCUUGAGGUGCUGACAGAUCUCCCAAAGCCACACAGCCUAGGCAGAGCUGGCUCUAGGUUCGCACUUGGAUCAUCUACAGGAGAGUCGCACACUCCCAGCUUGCCCUCGAUUUCCUAUAGUACUUUGCUGCCUGUGCAGAAACAUCUUUUACUCUAUUUGUAGUUUAGCCAGACAGAAGGUGGGUUAAAUUAUUUUGCAGAAUCACAGUGGACCUGUGUGAAAUCUCAGAAUCGUAUCUAUUGACAGUUUCCUCAGAAAUUUCAUUUAUCCCAUUCAUUCAUAACUAUUAACGUUUAUUAAAAACUUCCAAAGAUUAAACUAGACAUAGAUAUUCAUUGUCAGAAGACAUCUUUAAGGUACAAAUCCAGAGGUGUAUAUUGCUUUUUCACAUCCACUUUAGAAAGAAAAGGAAACAAAUAUUUUGAGGAAAAUGAAAAAAAAAAAAGCAACAACAAAAAACACCUCUUCAGUGAAGUAUAACUAAAUCCUUCGGAGUAUGUUAGCAACAGUAAAUAGAUAUUCCAUUAGCAUUUAAAAAUGAACAAGAGAGUAAAGAAGGAUGCCCAUAAAUAGCUUUCCCUUCAUUCUGCUUUCUGUGGUGAUAGUGGUGAAUAUUUAAUGGAAUAUCAAAUACUUUUUUCAAAACUAUAAUGCUGCUUUGGUGAAGGAGGUUUAACAUAGUAUCUUACUGUUCUAAAGCAUUGCUUCCUAAAGUUGAUUCCUUAGAAUAUUCUUUUGCAGAGAUGAUAUAAAUACAAAACUCUUAUAUUGAUAGACUCUUCAAAAGUCAUACU